AUGCCGGUUCUAACAGCUUCAUCCAGUGCUGCAAUUUUAGGGAGUUUGGUCGCUGUUCCAUCUGCUGUAUAUAUGAAGGCUAUCAAUGAUUCAAAUUCAAACAAACAAUAUGAUAUGCUUAUUCAACGUCAAUGUAACAAAAUCUCUGAAGAACUCAAACUAUCAAAAGAGCUUGAUCAACAAAUUCAACAGGAGAGUCUUAGAAUCAAAGAUCUAACUGAAAAAUUAUACAAUGUUUAA